GGAUUGAUUUCUUUUUCUCCUAUGUUCUACGAGAAGCACAUGCGCACUGCUAAUUUUUGGUAUAGAAGGCAAGCUAUCAGGUGAGGAUACUGCGUUAAAAUACAGCUAAUUCAGAAGUCUUAGGAUUCACGGCCAUGGAUGUUCUUCGCAAUACCUACUCAACUGCUUCGGACGACGAAUAUGAUGAUGAGAAAGUUGUAUUACCUCCAUCUAAGCGCUUCAGACCUGAAAAUCCAACCGUACAGAUCCAUUUGUCACCGGAAUUCCAUCCAUAUUGUCCUUCGAAACUUCCAAAAGAAGCUUCAGUUCCUGGGAGAUACGUUUCGAAGAGAGAACGAGCAUUGUCUGCAGUUUCUAGGGUUUCUGAUCCAAGUCCAUCCUCCAUGGUCAUCACAUCGCCUGUUGUGGGAAGUAUUUCCGAAUCAGAUGUACCAUGCGGAAUUUUGUCUUCAUUGAGGCGUCAAGCAAAGGGCCAUGCUCAGCUUGGCCAGAUUCCUCAAAGGCUGUCAAAAGUUCUACGCAGCCAUACCAAUGCUGUCAAUUCUAUACAAUGGUCUCCAACUCAUUCCCAUCUUCUUGCUUCCGCUGGAAUGGAUGACACUGUCUGUGUAUGGAAUGUGUGGAGCAGAAGUCAGCAAAAAGCACGUGUUUUCAAAUAUCAUAAUGCUGCAGUCAAGGAUGUGAAGUGGUCAGAGCAAGGUUUGUCUUUGCUUUCUUCUGGAUAUGACUGCUCGUCAAGGUUGGUUGAUGUUGAGAAGGGGAUAGAAACUCAACUUUUCAAAGAGGAUCAAAUUGUGGGGGUCAUAAAAUUCCAUCCAGACAACGGCAGUCUUUUUCUUUCUGGAGGGUCAAAAGGACUUAUUAGACUUUGGGAUACGCGAGUUGGCAAGGUUGUCCAGGAAUACAUUCGAGGACUGGGCCCAAUCCUAGAUAUAGAAUUCAGUCUUGAUGCCAAACAUUUCAUAUCUUCCAGUGAUGUUUCCAGAGGCAAUGUCAGUGAAAAUUCUAUUAUUGUUUGGGAUGUCCAGCGACAAAUACCUUUAUCAAACCAGGUUUAUGUGGAAGCCUUUACUUGUCCCUGUGUUAGGUAUCAUCCAUUUGAUCCACUUUUUGUUGCACAAUCCAAUGGUAACUACAUAGCCAUCUUCUCAUCCAAACCCCCUUUCAAGCUGGACAAGUACAGGAGGUAUGAGAGUCAUGGAGUUUCUGGGUUUCCCAUCAAGUGCAAUUUCUCCUUAGAUGGUGAGAGGCUUGCUUCGGGUUCCUCUGAUGGAUGCAUAUACUUCUACAACUAUAGAUCCUCCAAGCUCCUUUGUAAACUAAAGGCAUAUGAUCAGGCAUGUGUAGAUGUUGCUUUUCACCCCAUCAUACCCAAUGUCGUUGCUUCUUGCUGUUGGAAUGGAGAUGUUUCGGUGUUUGAGUGAUAUGCUGGCACAUUUUUGGCAACUUGGUUCUCUCACUGGCCUUUAUUUUGGGGCUUAGGCCUUUUAUAUCUCAGGCAAGCUUUUCUGUCACAGCACUUCCAAAUGCGAGGUAAAAAAUACUGUUAACAUCUGUUAUGGUCAUUUCUUUCAUUU